GAAAAUUCUGAGGGGCAUAUUUCGAAAUUGGCAGACACGUUGAGAUAAUUGAAUGAAGAGGAAGAUGGUGAUCUGGGCCUGUGCCUCAACACGGAUACAGAUGCAGAAAACACAAGAUACAGAUACAAGAUAUACGCAGAUACUGCUGCCAAGUUAGCCUCUCUCUCACACAGAUGGACUUCGAAUUUUCCCGUGAAAAUCGACGUGUGUGUGUGCUUGUGUGUUUGUGAGUUCAGGAAUCGGAAUUGAAAAAUUUCUGCGCUGCCUUUCACAUUUCAGUAGUUUCCGUUAAUGCGUUCGCCACGUCGAGUUAGCUCCUUAUUUUUUUUCUGUCGCGCUUUUGACGCGUAAUUAGGAUUAAAAUAUGAGCGCCUAAACGAACCGAAGGAAAUAAUAAGGCUAAGAGCAGCGGAAAAGCGCCGGAAAUAGGAAAACAAAAAACGAAAAGAACCAUUUUGUUCGUGUGUUGUGUGACGAUAACUUUUUUUUUUGUUUGGUUUUGUUUGUGAGUGCCUGCGCCAAGAUGCCCCUGUAUUCGGACUCGACGAACUAUUACUAUAGUGGCGGCAGCAGCCAGCUGUAUUCGCCGUACUACAGCUCCGGUUUGGGCCUCAAUACGGGCCUGGGUCUGGGCUCCUCGGCCGGAUCGAGCUACACAUCCAGCUACAAUCGCUCGUAUCCGGCCAGCUAUAUGGUGCCCUUGAGUCCCUCCUCGCCGCGAUCGCCCAGUAGCUAUUCCAGCGGCAGUUCCGCUGGAAGUAGUUCACUUCACGGCCUGGGCUCUAGAUACCAACCGAAGUUGACCACGAUCACGGAGGCGGGCAGGCACAGUGGUCACAGCAGCCUGAUGCCCCUGACCAGAAUCAAUUCGCCGAAAUACAGUAGCUCCUCGGUGACCACGCCCAGUUAUAGUUCAACGGGUACCAGUAGUCGGUAUAUACCGGCUAGACCGAUUGCCAUCAAUACGGCGGAUAUCGAUGUGAGUUCCUCUCGUUAUCGACGGGGUGGUGUAACACCCAGGGAGGAAAAGGAAAGGGAAAAGGAACAGGUGGUCAUGGAGGAGGUGGUACCAAAGCAGCAGCAGCAGGAGGAGAAACCAUCAGCCAAGGAAACCCAGUCGGAAAUGGGCGAUCCCAAUGCCGAGAGUCGACCCCAUCGCAGGUCAACCAUCAAGAGAAAUCGACCCGUGGUCAGACUGUCAACCAUACGAAGACGUAGCAAGGAUCGCAGUGCCGAGAGUCCCAAAAAGGAACCGGUGCAGGAACAUCAAUUCCGCGACUUGCCACCCGCCGCGGAGCCCAGUUUGAGUUGGCGCCAAAAAUUGGCCGAAGAAUUGGCCGCUUUUCCGGCCACAAGCAAUAAAAAGUCACCGGGCGAAUUGCUACGCGAAAGAUUCUACAUAAGAGAUGAAAAGGAGGAGCAGCCCAGUUUCAACCAGGCCAGAAUUCAGCAGCUAACUCAACCACAAAGUGCUCAGAAAACGCAGGAAGUUGAGAUAGAUCCCAAGAGGGAAAGGGCGGAAAAGGAGAAGAAGAUGGAGGAGCAGGACAAGGAGGACUCGGAUAAACAGGAACAGGAGGAUCUGGAGGAAAUGCAGGAGACCAUUCGCAGAUUGAGCCUGGUGCAAUGUCCCACAUUUCAUGACAUUUGCGAGGAUAUCUCGUCGGAUAAAAUCGAUGAUGAUCUAAAUGCCGGUGAGCUGAGGCGUCGAGCUUCCAUCAUUCAAGAACAGGAACAGGAAAUACUGAAUAAGUUGCAGAAAUCGAACUCGGGAACCUUUCAGUUGAUCCAUCUGGAGCGAAGAUCCAGUCACGACAGCACCACCACAAACGAUGACGAACUCAAGGAAAGAUCCAAAAGACGUUCGAAGAAAAGCAAGAAAUUGCGCCACAAAAUCACCGCCAUGGUGGAGAUUGAAAACGCGCCUCAAGUCCAGCCAGUGGAUCAUAUGCCCAGUGUUUUGGAGUUGAACGAAGAAUCCCUACUGGUGCAGCCUUUGGUUUCCGUAUCCGGUUCCGGUUCGAGUUCCACCCCAAGUCCCAGUCCUAAGCCGAAGUUCACCGUGAAUGUGGAGACGGUGGAGGAGCAUCACCAGAUACACAAGGUCUUCAAGUUGCCCAAGAAAAAGACAGUGCCCAAGGAGGAGAAUCAGGAGGAUCAGUCGUCGCUGCCCGAGGGAUUCAUGCGGGCAGCUCCCAAAACGACCAAGACAUCGCCCCUAAAGAAGGCCAAUAACAAUAAAGAGAAACAUGUGAGUGAGGCGCAGAUUUUCACCUUUGAUGAGGCAGUCAUAGAGCAACAGAAUCAUCUGGCUAAGCAGCAACAGCAGCAACAGCAAAAACUGCAACAGAAACAGCAACAACAACCCAAGCCAGAGGCCAAAGUCGAGGGCGUGGCCACGCCCAAGCCAAUACGUAAGGCUAUCCAAAAAUCGGAAAGCGGUGAGGACUUUUGGUCGCAAAUUGGAUCCAGGGAAACGCUCUACAUGAGCAAUCGCAAGAAGGUCUUCAAUGAGCAGCUCCUGGAGGAGGAAGCGCCCAAAUCGCCCACAACGCCCAAGGAAGUUAAAACAGAAAUAAAGACACCGACCACACCCAAACUCAAGUCCGAAAUUCUCAUUGAGCUGAAGACAACGCCAUCAACGGUGACAUCAACAACAACUGGUGGCAAAACAGCAAUACAAAAGGUACCCUCAAUACCACUUACACCAACGGUAAAGAAAGCAGAAACAAGCGAUAAUUUAAACAAUAGUCGUACUGAUUCACCACAAGUUACACCAACAAUAGUCACAGUAGAUGACAUCAAGUCGAAACCAACAAUGACAGCAAUAUCUAAGAAUGACUUGCCAAACUUAAUAAAAACCGAGGAAGCCAAGGCAACAACAGCAACUACGACAGCUGCAGUGCCGACCAAAGUUUCACCAAAAACACCACAAAGUAAGGUAGGAACGCCACCAAAAACUAAGGAGGCAGCACUACAGCUAAAAGUGGAACAACCAACAAGGAAGGCAGCAGCACCGCAAUCAAAACCAGAUACACCAACAACGCCUUCACCUUCGACACCAAAAAUCAUUGCGGAAAAAGUUACAAAAGCUUCACCAACAAAUAAAGUUGAAACACCAGUAAAAGAUUCACCAAUGACACCGCAAAUAAAAGUCGAAACACCAACAAAAGAUUCACCACAAGUACCACAAGUUAAGGCAGCUGCAUCGACAACCCCACAAACAAAAGUUGAUACUCCAACAACGCCGCAAAUCAAAGCAGCAACAUCACAGGCAAAAAUUGACACACCAGCAACACCGCAAACAAAGCCUGACAUGCAAGCAACAUCACAAGCCAAAGCAGCAACAGAUGAAGUCAAAUCAAUACCAGCAACAUCAAAGACAACAGCAGCACCAAAGACAACAACAGCAAAGAUUAACCUGACAACACCGACAGCAACAACAACAACUGUUGCUGGGGCUACGCAAUCUGGCAACGCCGUAGCCAUGACAACAGCAACAGCAACAUCAACAGCAGCAACAGCAACAGGCAAAUCAAAAUUGAACGAAACAGCAGGGCCAAAAAUAAAUAGCGGGCAGCCGGCCAAGUCACCUGAACAACAACAGGCAACGGCAGCGGCAGCCGCAGUCGAAACGAAAAUAAAUAAAACAACGCACAAGGAACAACAGCAACGGGAGCAGCAUCAGCAGCAGCAGCAGCAGCAACUGUUCGACACGGCAGCAACAACAUUGGUGCCACAAACGGAAACCAAAACGAAAUUGACGGAAGCCGCUGCUGAGCAAUCACCAACGGCCAAGUCAAAGGUGCAAUCACCGAAAACGACAAAGCCAAAAAGUGCCGGCAAAACAAAUGUUGGCAAAAAGAAAGCUGCAACGCCAGCAGCAACAGCAGCAGCAACAGCAACAGAAAAUGUAACAGAUUUGUCUGAGAGCAAUGUGACCCCAAUCAAUGCCGGCCAAUUUAUAUGCCUGGCCCCCACAAAGGCGGCCAAAACAUCGCCGAACAAGCAACAAGCAUUGCAAUUGCAAGUGCAACAGCAACAUGAGCAGCAACAGCAACAGCAGCAACAGCGGCAACAGGCCACAAAUGCGUCAUCGCCGGCGGCAACAGGCGAUGCAACCACAACGCCCACAACGAUAACAAUUGGUGUUGCUGAUGUUAAUGUUGCUGCUGCUGCUGCUGCUGCUGCCACUGCUGCUGCGAUCAACAGCAACAACAGCUGCGGCGAAGGCGUCGGCAAUAAUUUAUCAAAGUUUGCAACAGUAUCGAAUUUGGCACAGUAUCUGCGAGACGUUGAUGCCGAUCUAGAAGAGGACUAUAUACCCUCGUCGGCGGAAAAUAGCCAAGACGACGACAGCGACGGCAAUAGCGACAGUUCCGACGAUUAUUCCAGUGUUGACGGUUGUGCCAAUUUGAGCGCCAGCAUGAAGAAGAAGCAGCGCAAGGAGAAGAAGAAGCAGAAGGCGAAAGCCGCCGCCGCCGCCGCAGCGCCGCGCUUCGAUCCGCACAAGAAGAUCAAAAUCGACACGACCAACAAGUGUUAUGUGAAGGAGGAGGCGCCGCGCUAUCCGCUGGUGGCCACGCCACGCCCACUGUGGAAGCGGGAGAAGAUCGUCUACUCGGACGAGAACACGGACGAUGAGAGCGGCAGCGAGGAGGGCAGCGGCGGCUCCCUGGAGGAGGAGGAGAGCGACGACGAGAGCGGCGGCGAGGAGUGCAGCUCCACGAGCAGCAGCGCCAGUUCCGAGGAUCUCGAGCGGACCAGGGACACGCCCUCCAAUGCCGGCGCCGCCUCUGCGCGAAAAGCGGACUCCGGCUCGCUAACGGUGGUCGACUCGCCCAGUUCCGCCGGCUCGAAUGCCGGAACACUAAGCGUUUCCGGCGGUGGCACAUCCGCCGGCAGCUCACCCUCCAUCAUCCGGAUGAGCACGUGCAGCAACGAUUCCGGCUUCGAAGGCGGCACCGCGCCCUCCAGUCCCAAGAAGAUGCUAGAAACAUCAUAUACAUAUUCACAAUUCCAAAAAUCCGGACGUUUCACUGCGCCAGCAACAGUAAUACCUAGAUUUAAGAAUUAUUCGGUAGAUGAUUUCCACUUUCUGGCCGUUCUCGGCAAGGGAAGUUUCGGCAAGGUUCUGCUGGCUGAGCUGCGUGAUACGACGUACUACUAUGCCAUUAAGUGCCUGAAAAAGGAUGUCGUCCUGGAGGACGAUGAUGUGGACUCGACGCUAAUUGAACGCAAGGUCCUGGCCCUGGGCACCAAACAUCCCUAUCUGUGUCAUCUGUUUUGCACCUUCCAAACGGAGAGCCACUUGUUCUUUGUUAUGGAGUAUCUGAAUGGCGGCGAUCUCAUGUUCCACAUCCAGGAGAGCGGACGUUUCUCCGAAGAACGGGCCAGAUUUUAUGGCGCCGAAAUAAUCUCGGGCCUCAAGUUCCUGCACAAAAAGGGCAUUAUCUAUAGGGAUCUCAAACUGGAUAAUGUCCUACUGGAUUUUGAGGGACAUGUUCGAAUUGCCGAUUUUGGCAUGUGCAAAUUGCAAAUCUAUUUGGACAAAACAGCCGAUAGCUUUUGCGGCACACCCGAUUAUAUGGCGCCCGAAAUCAUUAAGGGUGAAAAGUACAAUCAGAAUGUGGAUUGGUGGUCGUUUGGUGUGCUGCUUUACGAAAUGCUGAUCGGACAGUCACCAUUUAGUGGCUGCGACGAGGACGAGCUCUUUUGGUCCAUUUGCAAUGAAAUUCCAUGGUUCCCAGUCUAUAUUUCCGCCGAGGCCACAGGGAUACUCAAAGGGUUGCUGGAGAAGGACUAUACGAAGCGUAUUGGUUCGCAGUAUAGCCCAGCUGGUGAUAUAGCCGAUCACUUAUUCUUCCGCCCGAUCGACUGGGGAUUACUGGAAAAGCGGCUUAUCGAGCCGCCCUUCAAGCCGCAAGUGAAACACCCCUUGGAUACGCAAUAUUUCGAUAGGGUCUUCACCAGGGAAAGGGUUCGUCUCACUCCCAUCGAUAAGGAGAUACUGGCCUCCAUGGAUCAGAAGCAGUUCCAUGGCUUCACCUACACAAAUCCUCACAUCACUUUGGACUAAAGCUUAAUCAAUAACCUAACUUAUUAUUUAAAGCAACAGUAUUUGUAUAUGUAAAUAUAUAUUAUGGAAAAAAAACAGAGGACUAACGACCAAAGAAUGUUAAAAACAAAACAAAAA